AUGUCUGUAACACAGAAGAUGUUUGCCUGCAGCGGUUUUAUGUUCGUCGUUAUUCUGGUGCAGUUUACUCAAGCCGUACCUGUACCAGUGCCCGAAAAAGUGCACCCUGCAGGUAAUAUUUUGAAUAUUGUAAAGAACAAAUUGUUCAAGAGGCAAACAAUAAAAUAUUCGUUAUUAUAGACACGCGUCUCGUGGAUCUUUCACCCCGGUAUUUUAGGAUAAUGGCAAUUAUAGUAAUUCGAUUAAUAUUAGACAUUAGUCGUCUAUUUAUUUACCUAUAAGGAUUCUAAAAAGACUACGACUUUAACAUUGUCUAUAUAAUAGUGCCGAUUAUAAUUACAUUUUUCUUAGCUAUAUUCUUGACAGUUUUUCAAAAACGAUUUUCAUAACACAUAAAUACUCGUUUACCUUGUAAACACAUUUAAUGCCUCGAAAAAUGUUUACCGAUAACACACAUUAUCGUAUACGACUACUAAUAAUAUACAACCCUAUUAUACAAUACUAAACACGAUACAAAUAUUUUGUUAUUUCACCAUUGACAUCUCGAUAUGAGGGAGGGGAGGUUAAGACGCUGACAUUUUUUAUUUUUUAAUAAAUUGUUUAAUUUCGCUGGUAAUUUGUUGGGUUUUAAUUUGUCCAACUGAACCUUAUGAAAACGUCCGGGUAACCAAAUAUCGGUAAUUAUUAUUUUAAAUGACGUUUCCUUGCCCCUUAGUAAAAAAUCUGCGGUCACCCUAGUCACAUUUACAUAUUUCGCAAAUCAAAAAAAUAAAACCUUAAUAUUUUUACAUUUCAGAAUAUGGACAAAUAGUGGCAGUAAGAGUGAUACAAUCAGUGGGUGAACCGGAGGCAGAAGUAGUUAUGGAACCAGCAGCAGCUGUGGUUAGGCCUGUUCGGUCCGCCAGCCCGUUUUUCGGUGUCUUCACGGGUGGUUAUGAGAAACCGUACAAGAAGCAGCACCAUCAUCAUCAAUAUCACCACCAGCAGGAGCAUCAUCAACAGGAGCCAGAGCCCAUAUACCACAGACCUCAAUACCACAAACCACAGCACCAAUUGCAACAUCACGGCGGUGGAAGCGGCAGCCAGGCGGGAAGUUUCGCCUCGGCCGGUAGUUUCACCGGUGGACACGGUGGUGGCCAAAGCCAAAGUUCGGCCAACAGUCAGUCCGCCAGUUUUGGAUUCGGUCCGUUCCAGGCCAGUUACUCAGCUAGUUCGGCACAAUCGGGCAGUCAUUCCGGUAGGAGGUAAGUCGUAAGUGCCUAUACAAAAAAAAUUAACACGCGUACUAUGCAAGAUUAAAAAUAAGAAAAUAGUUUUUAAACUCAAACUAAUUAGAGACUUUGUCGAACGAAUUCUCGUAUUUAUAACGUAGGUUAUAACUCGAUAUUUAAGGGGUAACGUAUAGGCAAAUUUAAUGUCAUUAAUAUAAAUUGAUUUACAUAACUUCUACAUCAAUUAAUAUUUACAAAAUAAAUAGAUAUUUUAUUCCUUAGGUAAAAUUGUGUUAUUUUUCAUAAGUUGUGUUACACUAAAUCAUAUUUAUUUCGAGAUAAAACGAUUUUUUAGUUUUUAUGUUCAUUGUUCAAUAAUUCUCACACUGUCACCCCAUGAUGCUUAACAUGUUAAUUUUUUUUAUAGUUGAAUAUGAUUUUUGUUAUACGUGUAAUGUUUUACUAUUUUUCAGAUCAUAUGACUAUUAUUGA